GUCAUCAUUAACUAUGUGGUUACAUCGGGUAUUGCCCUCCUGAUAAUCAUCGUCUAUUAUUUUACCACGUACGAACCUACUCGUGAUCCGUUCAAAAAAGAUUCACCCCUUUCCUCUUCCUAUCGAUCCCGACAUGUCUUCCGGCCAAAUCAAGUGGACGCAAUGCUGCUGAGAUUUGGUCGUCGUCUUUCCACAAAUAUCUUUAUGACUCGUGCGAAAGCUUUUCAGCCCAAUGCUCGCCUUGAGAAGUUUUUCAUCAAUUCCAUCCUAGCUAUGAGUGAUCUGCAAAUAGUGACCGGGCUAUCCAUCUUGAUCAGCGGCUUCGCACAAUUUCCCUCAGGCUUGACAGUCUAUUAUUGGCAGGCGAUUGUUGAUUUGGCUUGGUUCUCCAGCCUCACUCACCUUUCAUGUUUGACCAUAUUACGGGGCUAUCUCUACCAUCAUGCCUCUGAGCGCGAAUGGAGAUUAUUUUCUAUGGGCUUAUUGGCUACAUUACUGGUGGUGGGCUUGGUGUUUACUGGGAACUAUUCCUGGGCAUUCCAGUUCAUUGAAAACCAUGAAAGUGUCCCCACUAUCACUGAGUAUGCAAUUUGCUACCUACAUGUGAUUUCAAGCACAGAUAAGGCCUUCAUAUCAAUGGUAGCAUCGGUGUUUCUGAUCAUUCUCUCAUUUGCCUCACGCAUUGUGAAGCUACACAGAACGCUAUCUGUGGGCAUAUUUGGUCGAGCUCGAGAACUUUCAAGUUCCUACACUCGAGGCUAUCUCUUACUCGUGUUCAACUGGUGUAGCAAUGACUCGCCGAGAAGCUUGAAGCGUACACUUUGUUACUACCCCGUUUUUGCUGCUUUUCUUCAAUUCAGAUUUCUUUUGGACUUCUGGGCAUCUAUGCUACUCGAGAUUGGCUGGCUUCUCGUGGGCUUUACUUGGGGCAUAACACGCUUGACAACUCUUUUGUCCCAACCUACUGAUUGGGGCCUGCAGAGCUCCUCCCGUGAUAGUGAUAGCAGCGACUGGAGCUUUGGACAAGUUGUUGCUCUGGUGCUUCUUGUGGCUCCGCUAAUUACUGUGGUAGAAUUCUUCAACAACAGUGAGUCUCUAUGGUUUUAUUCAUGA